CCCCUACUUGCUGGUGGCAUCUUUACCGGAUACGGUUAGCCUUUCUUUAUAUAGCUAAAGGCCACGAUCCAAUUAAUGCAGUCGGUACAUCUUGGUUCCUACAACUUUGGCCUGCCCACUCUCAUUAAAAUCACGCAGGACGGUAACAACCUUAUCAUGACCACCAUGCAACGCACCUACCUCGCCUUCCAACACAACUGCCGUCUGUCAACCCUGCAAGCCACAGUGACGGCGAUCAAGACGGUCGCGUCGCUCGAGGAGCCCAACCGAAGCCUCUUCAAGCAGGCCAAGGACGACGACCACGUUGUGAUCACCGAUUCCACCAUCUUCCACCCGCAGGGCGGCGGUCAGCCCUCGGAUGUCGGCCACAUGACGAGCGGGGCCGGCGCCCGGUUCGAUGUGCACAUGGUGCGCAUGAGCGCGGCUGCGCAGGGCGAGGUGCUGCAUUUCGGGCGCUUCGCGGAUGCGGAUGCGGAUGCGGCGUCCGUCUUCCGGCCCGGCGAGACGGUCACGCAGGUUAUCGAUGCGGAGAAGCGCCUGCUGUAUUCACGGUACCAUACCGCGGGCCAUGUAUUGGGCGCUGCCGUGCGGCAUCUGGUGGAGAAGGAGGUUGCGGGUUUCGAUGAGACCAAGGCGUCGCAUUUUCCGGACUCGGCGUCGUGCGAGUUCCAGGGGUUGAUCGACUCGAAGUGGAAGGAUGCGAUCCAGCAGAGAGUCGAUGAGUAUGUCGAGAAGGACAUGGCUGUGGAGAUCGACUGGUGGGACGAGGACGAUUUCAGGGCGAACGGAAUGGAGCGGCUGAUACCAGACCGAGCGGCUCUGGGCAUGGCCGACGGGGAGAAGUUCAGAGUCGUGAAGAUCGUGGGGGCUGAGACCUAUCCUUGCGGCGGCACCCAUGUCCAGAGCACCCGGCAAUGUGGCAGGACAAUGGUCAAGAAGAUCAGCCGGGCCAAGGGGACGAGCAGGGUGGGAUACUUCUUGCCCUGAGCGACCUUAUCCGCGGUCUCGUUGCCAAUCAGAACGGACUUCGCCAAAAAUACAGGAUACAGCUUGGUCUAGCCAACGACAAACAUAUCUGCAGCAUCAGACACAUUAUUUAAUUGCGAUUAUACACGGGCAUGUACGGAUGUACAUACCAUUCCGGAGUUCUCCGGUGUGGUACAGAGAGAGACAAUCCGUAAGCAGGGGUUGAAGGGACCUGGACGGCACGGUGCAUGGCACACCUCCAGGCUGGCAUUCAAGGCAUUUUGAGGGCACCGACCUGGCUCUCAGAACUUCAACCAGAGAACCACCAAUCACCACAAAAUACAACCACAUUUCAACUGUCUUCUUGAGCGUGCUGCAUGCAUGGCGCCGUACGACUGGCCAGG